GUUUCAGGGAAGGUCACAUAUUUUGCACCACACUUGCACCAAUACGCUUGUGGAGCGCUGUGAGAACUGAAUUUAGCCAAAGCCGCCUCUAUUAAUCUUGGUGUGGUAGUUGUUAAUCCUCUUUUGGUCAGCAGAGGGUCAACGUUUAGAAUUUGAUCUCUUCUUAAUCGUGGCAGCAGUUACGUCCAUCCAAGUGGACAGAAGGGUAGGAUAGCAGGGCCACUUGACGGAAAAUAAGAAAGAAACACAGAUGCCCUCAUUUUGUUAAGAUGUGUUCAGAACUUUAGGGGAUGUUUCUAUUGAUGUCGAUAUCUCCGUGAAGGAACCUCUUCUAUGUCAAACGCUUCAAUGGCCAAACACUGUCCCCUUAUGCUUGGUCUACCGGUGGAUUAACCCCUGUAAAGUGACUUGAAACGACUAACUAUAAACGGGGAUUUGAGUGUCAAAAGAUAAUCUGUGCGGGACUGAGUGAUACACGCAUCGUCCCAACGUAGAGAGAAAAACCUGAGAAUGGGGAGAUUGGUGCGGUUGUCGAAAGAUGUUGUUGUCGCUUGUGGCUGGAGGCUGCUGUUGAUGAUGUUGUUGCUGGCGGUGGAUAAAGAGAAUGAAGGGGGCGCCAUGUUACUCCAGCCUUCACCCUUUGCCCGGGGAGCAAGACAGAGCCUGCUCAACGACAACUUGCUUGGCGGAGUGGCCUCCCCUCGAAACUCCUUCGGCUUCGCGGAUUUCCGAAAUGGCGGCACUGCCGGAGGGCUUGGUUUAGGGGUGGCUGCUUAUCCUGCGGGAAGACGCCACAGUCCCUUUCCAUUCCAAGGUCAGUUUAAUCCAGGUUCUGGUUCCUUCCCACAACAAGGGUCAAGUUCUGGCUUUGGACGAAAUCCCUUUGGAGAAUCCAGAAUAGGUACACCCCCAGACCAAAGCCGCACCAGCGCCUUCAAGAACCUUUUCGGGGAGGACAUAGGCCAAUCAGGAGGCAUCUACGGAUCCUUUGGAAGACCUCAGGAUUCACAGCAGCAAGGCCACGGGUUUUCCUCCUCCAAUUUCCCUUUCGCCUCCCCUUCUUCCUCCUCCUCCACCUCCUCCUCUUCCCUCUUCGCCUCCCCCUCCUCCUCCUCCCCCUUCGCCUCCCCCUCCGGCUCUCCGUCUCCCUCCUCUCCCUCAAAAGACAAUGUAAGAGGUUCUGCUGCUCGCGCCAUAAGCGGACUGGCCAGGAAUCGUUCACAGAAGAAUCUACUUCUGAAUGAAGUCGGGAAAUCGGGGAGGUCGGACCCCAGUGUGUACAGACGCCACCCGUUCUCGUCUCUCCGACUCUCUCCGCUGACACAGGUGUCCGGUGUGGCUGUGGCGAGCCCGACUGGACAGUCUCCCUUCUACAACCAGGGCGACUUUGGAGAGAGGCCAGGCUCCAGUGUUGAAAACAGAGCACUCAACUAUCGACAUAGGGACCCGUUCGAGCGACCAAUCAGCAGGUCGGUAUUCCCCCUACCUAGCGUCAACGAACCAAUCAAGCUCGACCUCGCCAAGGAUGAACAGAAACGCGUUCACUUCGCUAAAAAGAACAAUAAGUUGCCGCCUGCUCGGAAGUUGACAGACAAUGAUGACGGAAGGAACGUCGAAAGGCCAAGUUUGAUCACAAACGGACCAAGUUUGAUUGCCUCCCCUGGAAAUGGGAACUGGCAGAAGGUGCCGGCCGUCCCCAGCUUACCCAAAGUCCAACUGCCAGAAAAACCAUUAGAAACAAAUCCGAUUAUCGGGAACAAAAGUGUUUCUAACACUAGAACACCUAAAGACAAUGUUGUUUCUGGGCCAAUUUCGGGUUUAAAAGAAACCGUGGAAAAGGAUAUUCCAGAACUGCACACAAAGAUCUCAAAUGAGUUUAAUCAGGAAGAGGAACGAAAGGAUCAAAAGAGCGAGACGCGACCAACUGAUGUUAUUGAAUCAGUUCCAGGGAAAUACUUAAAAGCUGAAUCGGAGAGUGGAAGAAACGAAAAGGAAGCCGACAUUGGCACCGAUGUAAUAUUCCUGGACUCUCAAGGCACUGGAAUUAUUUCAGGAACACGUGAAACAGGUGAAUCAACCUCCAGAGAGAAACCCCAAGCUAGCUCUGAAGAAAAUAAUGCUGAUUCAGCUAUAAAGUCCCCUGAUCUAAAUAGUUUUCAACGUGGGCAGACUGGUAACGGGAAGUCUGAUCCAACCCCUAAAGGAAAUUAUGACAUCACUGUUUUGACUGACGAAGAGAUCACCAAGCAAGCAGGCGAUGUAGCAACCACCUCCCUAAAUAGCCCUCAGCUGUCUGGAAAGGAUGACGUCACCCCUGGAGAUUUGCCCGCCACAAAACGUGUGGUUGAGCUCACGAUAAAAGACGGGACAGAAGAAGUGGUGUCCAAGAAGCGCCGUCUACCUACUGAUCAUGUUGGGUUUAUACUUACCGAUGACUUAUACGACGACACGGAUGAUAACAAAGAUGAUGGCCUUAAUAACAAUUAUGAGGACUUUGAUGAUUUUGAUGACGAUGUUGGUAGUUAUGACAUCAGUAAGGAUGCAGACUCCAAAGACAGUGAAAAUACAGCAUUUGGAGACAUAAAUACAGGGGCUUCGAGUACUAUUCCCUCACCACUCACUGUUGGGUCGCCCUUAACAACAUACCCUGACCAGGACAGCAGAGUAGGAAAGACUGCAUCAGAAUAUGAUUCGUCUUCUCCAAACCUGGAGGAACGUCCCGCGGUAGGCUCGGGCUACAUGGUAUAUGGUUUGGAUGAAGAUCCAGACUUUAAAGAAGGGCAUAGAGAGAAAGAUGAAUUUGUGUAUCCAGAUUUUUCUGAACCUUCAAACCAAAACAACAAUGAUGUAUCUGCAAGCAACCAGCAGGGUCAGGAUUUGGGUAAAGACGACGAAAGCCCUAAUGAUUCUAUGAUCGAAAAAGCGAUGAAAAAUGCGCACAUAGAAGAAGAGCACGUUAACCUAGACAAUUUGAAGGAUUAUCAAAAAGAUUUUGUUGAUGACGAUAACGAUGGCGUCGAUGAAGGGGGUACAAACGGCGAUGGAGUCACAGAUUUUAACGAUUACAACUUCGACACAUUCGGUGAGAAAGAUUACAUUUUUGGCAAUUACGAUAAUGACGAUGAUGAAUACAGCAUAAACACUGACCCAGAUGCCUUGAACUUUGAUCUUCUCAACGCUGGGGAAGGUAAUAUUAACAUCAAGAGAUCAAGCAAAGCUUUUAAACCGGAGUCCAAAACGGUCAGAAAUUUGAACGAUGGGUCGCAAGAUGGGCUGACUUCAUCCAACAAAGCACUGGGUUCCAGAGACACUGCGUACACUGUACCUCGGAAUAACAGAGACCCUACAAAUUCCGAAAUUUCAGGCUCAGAAUCCAGCAGUACAGGAGAUGAUGCAGAGAUCUCUGACGUGAACCACAGGGAUGAUAAAACAAUUUUGGAGGCAGAGGACGAUGUCCCUUCUGAUUCAGACCAGGAGCUCACAGAUGGCUCAAAAUCUGCUCUCGUCAAAAAAGAACCUGUUUAUAAAGACGAUUACUACGAUGACGAUUCCAGAUUUGCAGACUACGAAUAUGUGUACACUCCACCUUCCACCAGUGGCUUUCCGACUACAUCGAGAUUCGGAGGGUCGUCUCCGGCAUUUAUCCGAUCCCCUUUCAAGUCCAUGUUUGGAAAAAGCGUGGACCAAGCUGAGAGAGGUUCGUUUGGCUCUUUGUUUCAAAGCCUGCCUCCGCCAGGGGGCGUUGGGAGUGGCAGGGCUGGAAAUAGAAAAGGUUUAUUCGACGAAAGGCUGGGACAGAUCAUAGAACGAAGACCGAGUCUAGACUUGUUUGGGAGAAGGAGAAAGUGAACAGUUAAAGUAUGUGCCGUGUUGACAAGCAUGAGAUACCCCAAAAAGCGCUCCAUGAGGAAGUGAAGCCAAAAUCUUUCUCAAAAUGAAUACUGUGCAGUUUUGGUAAGAAAAUUUAAUGAACUAUACUUUGAGCAAUUUAAAAUAUGCUAAUUAUCAUAUCAUAAUUUUAUUGCUACCGGUUUUGCUGUAGUCGUUCAGCUUAAAACAAAUAUAUACAAAUUUAUCCCAACAGAAAUUGUUUAAAUUACUUGUUAUGGUUCUCUGCAUAUUAUAAAGUUACACUACCUUCUUUACGUCGCUGUAGUUCAAAUGUAGAAGUCAUGUGUGUGUGCGUGUUAUUUCUUUGUUAUUGUUAAUUUAACUAAAGCAUCGGGCAUGGGAGGCAAUUUGUUAGAUGAAGGACGAGACAAUGGCUGGCACACUUUUCGAAUUCGAACUUCGAACAACUGAUUCUUGGCCAAUUUUAUAGCAUGGCGUAAGUCGCUUGGAAGAGAAAAGCUUUGAAAUAUAAAUGGUUUCUAGGUCCUCGGAUAUUUGAACACGGGUAACAUCAUCAUCAGAAAGCUGUAGAUACUCAAAUUAUGAGAAAUUGAUGACGCGUUGCCUGGUUAUACGACAACACUAGAAGAUGCGCUGUUAUGGGAUGUAACUUCAUUAUUGAAACAGGUUUUUCAAUUUUGUUUUCUCUAUCAGAAAUUUUUAAAGGCCUACAACAACAUGUGUACACAGCGGCAAUAAAACUUUCGACUUGGAGAGAAGCCUGCAAGGUGCUUAUUAUUUAACACAUGAAACCAAAAAUUGACACAGACAUAUUUCAAAGUAUGUCAAAAAAGUGUAUCGCCCUUUGUUUUGUUUUUU